CGCGUGCUCACGGACGUACACAUCGUAUCCUCGAGGUGUGUUUAUUGCGCGGCGCGAAUCGAGCGUGCCUCUCGUCCCCGCGCUAGGGAGUGUGCUGCGGCUGCUCUCCGGUCGUGCUCGUCGAAGCGACACUCGCGAUCGCAGAAACCGGAGCCAGCCCGGCCAGUGCCCGAAAGCACGUAUUUCUGUCUUUCUCUUUUUCUCUUGCUCUCUUAUCCUCCUUUUCUCUCUCUCCCUCCCUCUCUCUUUCUCUCUCUCUCUUUCUCUCUGUCCCUCUUCACAGUGAACGCGCGCUCGACUCAUCCCAAGGAGCGUCGUCGAUCAUCGUCACGGCGGAGGAGAAGCGAGAAAAUGGCCGACAGUAUUCCAUGGUCGCACAAUAUUACUUGCCGGUACUUCAAGAAUGGGGCUUGUCGCGAGGGAAAUAACUGCCGGUAUCGGCACGUGCAAGGGAGUAGAAAUGAUGCAAGUAUCAACGAGGCAACAUCGACCCAUAGCUCUGCUCACAUUGUCACUUGUCGCUUCUUCAAACAGGGCAUAUGUAAGUUCGGUAAUCAAUGCCGGUUUCGUCACAGUUCAGGUACCACGGACAGCAACAAUGCCGCGCAAACGAAUGCAACAGAAAACUCGACCUCGAGUCAGCAGUGCAAUGGCACAGCUAACUCUUCAAAAAACAAAAAAUCUGAUAAACGCAAUGCUGAAGAAUGGGUUAAGGCACCAGAGUUUGUACCUACGAACGGAUCUCCAAUCGCUGGAUCAUCCAUAGAUGGAUUAUCUACUUCAGGAACAUCCACGAGCACACCAAUGCCAGUUUCAUAUGCUCAGGCUGUUAAUCCAUCUGGUCAAGCUGCAAACCCUGCGUUAGAACCUAUAUGUCCCUAUGCUGAAGCAACUGGAAUCUGUAAAAAUUUAAAUUGCACAUAUCUACAUGGCGACAUUUGCGAAUUAUGUGGCCGCGCGGCGCUUCAUCCACACAAUGAGGAAUUGAGGAAGAAACAUACAAAUGCAUGCGUGAAGCAACACGAAGCAGAUAUGGAAUUAUCUUUUGCCAUUCAACGCAGCAAAGAAAAAUCUUGUGGCGUUUGUUUUGAGACAAUAAUGGAAAAAUCCUCGCGAGAACAGAGAUUCGGUAUAUUGCCGAAUUGUAAUCACUGUUUCUGCCUAACCUGUAUCAGAAAAUGGCGCCAGGCUAAACAGUUUGACAACAAAAUCAUAAGGGCAUGUCCAGAGUGUCGUAUUCCAUCGGACUUUGUCUGCCCGAGUAUGUAUUGGGUGGACACGAAAGAGGAAAAGGAAAAGUUGAUAAGAGAUUAUAAAGGCGCAUUGAGUACCAAGGAUUGCAAGUACUUCAAUAAGGGUCGCGGCAAAUGUCCGUUUGGUAAUAAAUGUUUCUAUCUUCACGCACUUCCGGAUGGAACUAAGAAAGACGUGGGUCCACCAAUUCGACAGAGGCGCAGCACCGCUGAUGCUGACAUCGACAUCCUGCACCAACUAAUCUUGUGGGAUUUCUUCGAUGAAAGGGACGAUCGUUGGAUGUAUCUCGAUUUAGAAGAUAUCCCUUUCUUCUCAGAUUCCGACGAUUCCGAUUGGUCCGAUUAUGAGCUGUCGUUCGAUUAGACGAACAAAACUAGUUGACCGACACAAAACUGCCUUGAUACCUUGUUAUCAUUGCUACUCUGUUGCUAUGUCGAUAUCUACUUCCUUUAUUAUUCGUGCGCGGCUUUAGCGACUAAGAAAAUUAUUAGGAAAUUAGAAAUUAAUUUGAAUUAUUAUAAUUCGAAGACGUUCUAGCUACGUAGAAGAAAAAAACAAGAAAAAUAUGUGCAACUCCUAAAAUUAUUUAUAUAUUUAUGUAAAAAAAAUGUUCAGUUGGCGUCAAAAUAGUUAAAACGUUUUCCUUUUUUGUUUGUAGAUAAUAUUUACAAGUAUUUUAUUUCUCCAUAAGAUGUGUGAUGAUAAUAGUUACUAAAAUGUUUAUUACAUCCACAACAAUUAGAAAAUUAUUGUGUUAACAUUUUAACAGAAUGAAUAGAAAAUAACAUUUCAAUAACUAUUAUUUUCAAAAUCAAAGAAAUAGUCUUUUAAAUAUUAUCUGUACAAGGAAUGUGUUUGUAAUUGUUUUAAUAGCGACUGUGUAAUUGUGUAUAAACAAUCACGUGAUCAACAAUUUUAAUAAUUAUUGCGAUCACAGUCGAGCACAAAAAAAUAAAAGGUGGGAAAUAGUGUGGACAGUAAUGGAAAUUUACUCAGAUAUGCAUCGUAACUUCGGUGUCACUUUUGUGUAACUUGACCAAUGCUCUAUUAACCGAUUAUUCUUAGCAACUAUUAAUUCAGUGGUCCAAAUUUCAUCAGUAAAUAGUUAUAUAUCGAUAUUUUUUUUAAUGUUUAUUUUCUCGUAGAGUAAUAUUUUUGGUUUCUUUCUAAUACCCGUUACUAUAAUAAUUGUUAUUGUUGAACUAUUCCGCAAUGCAUGAUCUUGGAAUAUGUUUAUAUACCUACAUUCAAUCGAAUCAUAGAAUAAGAAGUCGACGCAUAACCGGAAUUUUAGUUAAUUAAUCGUCCACGAAAGAUAAAAAAUAUUUUUUUUUGUUCUUUUAUAAGCUGAAAUGAUAUAUCAAAAUAGUUGAAGGGUAGUUUAAUUGCAAUUUUUUUCGGUUAAGGCUCCUUUUAUUUUAGACGAGUACAUUAAGAUUUACUCUAUUUUAUAAUUUCAAUAAAUAUUUGUCAUUCAACGAUGUUACAUUAUUAUAUGUACUUAAUUGAUAUGUAAAAACUGAGAAUAUUCUAAGACGGGAUUUAAACAAUACAAAUUACCGUUUGAAUCAAUUUUACUGAACUUUGUUUGUAUUUGUAAUAUCUAAAUAUAGAGCGGCCAUGUUUUGUGAUUGCAAUAUAAUAUCGUGUGCUUGAUAUAAAAGGUGAUAAAUUCAAAUCAGUUACGUGUGUCGGAUUCACAAAUAUAAUUCUAAUGUAGCAGUGCUACUAAAUACAUAUUAUAUUCAAUAAUGAUUUUUUUCAAGCACAAAUUCAUUAUUAAUUAUUGCAGUUACAAAACAAUUUAAUUAUAACUCGUCAAAGGUUCACAACACUAUUAUUCACAUGUAAAAUAGGAAAACUGGACAACGAUUUAUUACUUGUGUGAUCAGUGUGUGUGCAUUGUUAGUUCAAUUUAUCACUAGUUCAUAUCGAAGGUACGAUCUACAACUGUCGUCCUACCUCUUGCUAUGGCUCCGCGAAUCUUUAUACAUACAUAUGAUACAUUUCUUUAAAUUAUUAUACAGUUGUAUAGCGUUACUCGUUAGGUAUUCCUAAUAAUGGGUAUUCCUUUGAGUGUGCACAGUGAAUGUGAUAUACGUGUAAGGUAUGUGAGCGUAUUAGUGUGUGUGAGUGUGGGUAUGUGAAUAAAUGUGUGAUUGGAAGUAAAUAUGAUAGUAUUGAAAAAGAAAAAUACUUGUGAGAAGAGACAAACUACGAAUAGCAUAUGUUCGGGAUAAAUAAUGUGAGAUAAUAACAAAAACGUAAUAAAAAGAGACCGCUUUGUGUGAGUGCGCAUUUGUAGAUUUGAGAUCUAAAGGAAAAAAAAAAGAAAAAAAAGUAGAAAUAUGCACGACGGAGUUGGACCCACGACAUAGAGCCAUGCUGGGAAUCAUCGUCGAUCAUUUUUACAUUUUAUCGAUUUACUAAUAAUAGCAACACGUUCCGACAACCGUUCUCUCGAUAUAGAACCAUGAUAAUUACGCUUUGAAGGGCAUAGAAUUCUUUUGUGUAAAACUGACGAGAUGGGUAUACGUACGUAAAAAUAUACACACCAAAGAGAUGCGAUGUUCAUCCUCUUAACAUUGAUUGAAUAUUUCGUGUGAUGUCAUUUUUGUAACCUUUCGCUAAGCAAUCUUUCCAUAAUGUAUAAUAUUUAUGACAAAUAAUCACGUUGUUCUAUAGUUCCUGCUUGCACGCGUACAACCUGAUUCGUAUUCAUGGUAGUAAGUAACCAGCUUUUAUAGCAGAGAACCGUCGGUACUGCCUUUCAAAAGCCAUGUGAUUAUAGAGUAAUAUAUCGUUCAUUGCGCUAUAAAGUCAGUUUCUUAAUCCGUCACGACAAAGCGUUUUAUCGGCUCGAACUUUCGCUACGCUACGAGAAUAUCGUUUAUAUUUCCCAUAGAAUUUCUAUACUGUUAAUUUUAUCGACGAUUGUUAGAAUAAAACGCUUUAUAUUGUUACCGGUAAUGUAUAAUAGAAACUUUCUAUGGUACGCUGUGCGUUUCGAGCGGCUAUUUUUGGAGCUACUUUCUUUAACAAACCAACUUCCCAACGAGGGAAACAAAAACGCUUAAGCGAUUGGACUGUAAGAUAGCGGAAUGUACACCGAUGAGUCGAUUGAGAAUUCUUAAAUCGAUAAUAAUUUUCUGAAUGAUGGAGAGUUCAUAAGAAGACUCCUUUAACGUUAAGUAUUAGUACAUAUCGCCGUGUGGGGGAAAAGAUAAGUUGACUGCAUUGAUCGCGUUGUACGUAUUUGUCAUCGUAACUACCACUUUUAUCUGAAUUUAAGCGUGAUGUUAUUUACUGCAUUAUUAUGCUCUAGAUACAUGAGACGUGGAAGGAGAGAUAUAAAAUUAGCAGUUGACGUUUGCCAAAACGUUCAUCGGCGUUCAACGCAGUUAGCCUUGACUUUGGCGAUGCAUUUUCGGAGUUAACUUUGGAGUUUGCUCGCGUAUACAGUACACAUAGUGAUUCUAAAGUAAAGAUUUCACUGUACGAUUUUUGUUAAUAAUACGAACAUUGUGUAGGGGAGAGGCUGAUUUACUUGAUUCAUUCGGAUUAUUAUUCGAGCGAGAUAGCGAACGUUAGAACGAUGCUCUUGAUAACUUCAAUCCCAUUCUCAGGAUGGUUUUAUUAAGCUAGUUUAAAAAUUAUCUAGAAUUUACGGGACAACCGCGUGCGUUAUGUCUUUGCGUGCAGAAUUCAAUCGCCAAGAUUCAUUCUAUCGCAAGUGUGCAUUAAUUAAUGCGAAUUAACCGUACUAAACGUACCUGCAUUGAAUACUGUAUUGCAUAGUGACGAGUAUUCUUUUUCCUCCUCCUCCCCUCUUUAACAACUCGAAAACGCUUUACACAGAUCAUUACGUAAUUCAUUUACAUAAACUGAAAUCGAAGGUCUCUGGUAAUCUUUUUUUCUUUUGGCUUUUACGAUGUACCGUUCUUUAGGAUAAUAUUGUGCCGAUUUACUAUUUUAUUUUUCAGCGUAUUAUUUAUUUUUAUUCAGCGUGUGUUAAACGUGUAUUUUAUCGUGUGCCCAGAAUCGCUCAAAGAGUCUUUGUGAAUUAGAAGAAAGGAGAGUUAACAUUUAUGUUUUUGUAGGGGAGAUAAUUUGUUGGUAUCACGCUAAAUUUCUAUACGUAAUUAAACCUUAUAUUUUUGUAAUUUGUCGCAUCAAACUAUGUUAUAUAUAAAGGCUCUAUAAGCGGAUAUACAUAAUAAGAUAUACGAUUAAAAAUCUUAUAUUUGUUAGGUAGCGCACCACCAUGAGAAGAUAAAAAAUCGACGUUGAAAACAAUUGUUGUGCCACAGCUUGUUUCUUACGUCUUUAAUAGAUCUUAGAUUAUUGUGAAUGUUUUUUUAGCCAAUAAAUAAUACGUAGAUCAAGCACAUUGUAUUUUCACUGCAUAAUGCGAAGCAAAUUACGAAUGUUCGCAUUAUUCGAUCAUCCUUUUUACAUAUUAAAAAACUACGGAAAUUCUAUCGAUAAGCAACAGCGCGCUCUUUCUCUUUCUCCACCUAAUUUCUUUUUCUUUUACUUAAUAAUGUUAUUAAUGAUCGUGAAAUCGUUGUGCUUUGUCACAUUUGCUUUGUAUCAUGUUAAUUAUCGCGGUCAAAGUAUAAUUGCAAGAAAUUAUUCGACGAUAUGUUCAACGGUUUUAUGAUGACGAUUAAAGUAUACUGAGAAAAAAGUCGAAAUUUCCAAAAGAAAAUAUUACUUGUGACAUUUUCUUUGGUUUUAUUAGUUAUAAAAAUUUUGAUGACGAAAUAUUCAUCUUUGUAAAAUAUAUUUUUUUAAUUAAUUGGCUUAUUUGUCGAAAGUAAAAUUUUUUUUCGCCGUAUUUAAAUAAAGAUUUAUUUCGAUGAAAUAACUGUAUAUCCUACAAAUAUAAAUUUUGAGGUACUUUUUUCUCAAUGUAUAAUAUCGCAUAUCGGAUAUAUAAUAUGUGAAAACUCCUUUCGAGAACGAAAGCUGUAAAAUAUUGCAUAUAUGAGCAGAACAAUCAAUGAUCUGCCACGAGCGAUUGCAAAAUCACGCUUGCUCCUGGUAGAUGUAAAAGCAAUUGCUUCUCGAGGAAUGAGGGGGAGAAAGGGAGAUGCGAUCGAGUAAUUCAUAUAUGUCGAUUACAUGUAAAAGAAAGUUUUGACGUGUACCAGGGAGUCUCUGUCGUUGCAAAAUGCACAAUUGGCGAACUGUACUUGCGCGUGUUAUAUUUAAAUCGUCCCCUCCUUUCUCCUGCUGUCAGAAGUCUGUCGUCGGUUUUUACAUGUCCGUUCACUUUUAAUAAAGUAGAAUUAGCAAUAAAAAUCUAUAUGCAUUGCAUUAUAUACACAUAUGCAACAUUGUUAGAAAUUAUAUCUAUCUGCGUCGGAAAAAAAAAUCAUUGGCUCGAUCAUGUAAUCGACGUGCUUUUCUUGUACUCUUGCGAAAAAUAAUGAUAACGUCCCUAUAUUUCGUGCGCCAAUAGGAAAAAGAAGCGACUUUAGUCGCCAAUUAAACAUUGUAGAGCUCGGUAGGGCGGCAAUUCCGCCCUCAAUUUCGUUUCUCACGAUGAUAUAUUUUUGUUAUUGGAUGUAGACUAAUAAAAUCGACAGUGUAAAUCUU